AUGGACGUGGACGUGGACGUGGACGUGGACAUGGACGUGGACGUGGACGUGGACGUAGAAAUGGACGUGGACGUGGACGUGGACAUGGACGUGGACGUGGACGUGGACGUGGACAUGGACGUGGACGUGGACGAGGACGUGGACGUGGACGUGGACGUGGACGUGGACGUGGACAUGGACGUGGACGUGGACGUGGACGUGGACGUGGACAUGGACGUGGACGUGGACGUGGACGUGGACGUGGAGGAGGACGUGGACAUGGACGUGGACGUGGACGUGGACGUGGACAUGGACGUGGACGUGGACGUGGACGUGGACGUGGACAUGGACGUGGACGUGGACGUGGACGUGGACGUGGACGUAGACGUGGACGUGGACGUGGACGUAGACAUGGACGUGGACAUGGACGUGGACUUGGACGUGGACGUGGACGUGGACGUGGACGUGGAUAUGGACGUGGACGUGGACGUGGACGUGGACAUGGACGUGGACGUGGACGUGGACGUGGACGUGGACUUGGACGUGGACAUGGACGUGGACAUGGACAUGGACGUGGACGUGGACGUGGACGUGGACAUGGACGUGGACGUGGACGUGGACGUGGACGUAGACGUGGACGUGGACGUGGACGUGGACGUAGACAUGGACGUGGACAUGGACGUGGACUUGGACGUGGACGUGGACGUGGACGUGGAGGUGGACGUAGAAAUGGACAUAGACGUGGACGUGGACAUAGACGUGGACGUGGACGUGGACGUGGACGUGGACAUGGACGUGGACGUGGACGAGGACGUGGACGUGGACGUGGACGUGGACGUUGACGUAGACGUGGACAUGGACGUGGACGUCGACGUGGACGUGGACGUGGACAUGGACGUGGACGUGGACGUGGACAUGGACGUGGACGUGGACAUGGACGUGGACAUGGACGUGGACGUGGACAUGGACGUGGACGUGGACGUGGACAUGGACGUGGACAUGGACAUGGACGUGGACAUGGACGUGGACGUGGACGUAGACGUGGACGUGGACGUGGACGUGGACGUGGACAUGGACGUGGACGUGGACAUGGACGUGGACGCAGACGUGGACGUGGACGUGGACGUAGACGUGGACGUGGACAUGGACGUGGACGUGGACGUGGACGUGGACGUGGAGGAGGACGUGGACAUGGACGUGGACGUGGACGUGGACGUGGACAUGGACGUGGACGUGGACGUGGACGUGGACGUGGACAUGGACGUGGACGUGGACGUGGACGUGGACGUGGACGUAGACGUGGACGUGGACGUGGACGUAGACAUGGACGUGGACAUGGACGUGGACUUGGACGUGGACGUGGACGUGGACGUGGACGUGGAUAUGGACGUGGACGUGGACGUGGACGUGGACAUGGACGUGGACGUGGACGUGGACGUGGACGUGGACUUGGACGUGGACAUGGACGUGGACAUGGACAUGGACGUGGACGUGGACGUGGACGUGGACAUGGACGUGGACGUGGACGUGGACGUGGACGUAGACGUGGACGUGGACGUGGACGUGGACGUAGACAUGGACGUGGACAUGGACGUGGACUUGGACGUGGACGUGGACGUGGACGUGGAGGUGGACGUAGAAAUGGACAUAGACGUGGACGUGGACAUAGACGUGGACGUGGACGUGGACGUGGACGUGGACAUGGACGUGGACGUGGACGAGGACGUGGACGUGGACGUGGACGUGGACGUUGACGUAGACGUGGACAUGGACGUGGACGUCGACGUGGACGUGGACGUGGACAUGGACGUGGACGUGGACGUGGACAUGGACGUGGACGUGGACAUGGACGUGGACAUGGACGUGGACGUGGACAUGGACGUGGACGUGGACGUGGACAUGGACGUGGACAUGGACAUGGACGUGGACAUGGACGUGGACGUGGACGUAGACGUGGACGUGGACGUGGACGUGGACGUGGACAUGGACGUGGACGUGGACAUGGACGUGGACGCAGACGUGGACGUGGACGUGGACGUAGACGUGGACGUGGACAUGGACGUGGACGUAGACGUGGACGUGGACGUGGACGUGGACGUGGACAUGGACGUGGACAUGGACGUGGACUUGGACGUGGACGUGGACGUGGACGUGGACAUGGACGUGGACGUGGACGUGGACGUGGACGUGGACGUAGAAAUGGACGUGGACGUGGACGUGGACAUGGACGUGGACGUGGACGUGGACGUGGACAUGGACGUGGACGUGGACGAGGACGUGGACGUGGACGUGGACGUGGACGUGGACAUGGACGUGGACGUGGACGUGGACGUGGACGUGGACAUGGACGUGGACGUGGACGUGGACAUGGACGUGGACGUGGACGUGGACGUGGACGUGGACGUAGACAUGGACGUGGAGGAGGACGUGGACAUGGACGUGGACGUGGACGUGGACGUGGACGUGGACGUGGACGUGGACAUGGACGUGGAGGUGGACGUGGACGUGGACGUGGACGUGGACGAGGACAUGGACGUGGACGUGGACGUAGAAAUGGACGUGGACGUGGACGUGGACAUGGACAUGGACGUGGACGUGGACGUGGACGUGGACGUGGACAUGGACAUGGACGUGGACGUGGACGUGGACGUGGACGUGGACGUGGACGAGGACGUAGACGUGGACAUGGACGUAGACGUGGACCUGGACAUGGACGUAGACAUGAACGUGGACGUGGACGUGGACAGGGACGUGGACAUGGACGUGGACGUGGACGUGGACGUAGACGUGGACGUAGAAAUGGACGUGGACGUAGACGUGGACAUGGACGUGGACGUAGACGUGGACAUGGACAUGGACGUAGACGUGGACGUGGACGUGGACGUGGACAUGGACGUGGACAUGGACGUGGACAUGGACGUGGACGUGGACGUGGACGUGGACGUGGACGUGGACGUGGACGUAGACGUGGACGUGGACGUGGACGUGGACGUGGACGUGGACAUGGACGUGGACUUGGACGUGGACUUGGACGUGGACGUGGACGUGGACGUGGACGUGGACAUGAACGUGGACAUGGACGUGGACGUGGACGUGGACGUGGACGUGGACGUGGACGUGGACGUGGACGUAGACGUGGACAUGGACGUGGACAUGGACGUGGACGUGGACGUGGACGUGGACAUGGACGUAGACGUGGACAUGGACGUGGACUUGGACGUGGACGUGGACGUGGACGUGGACGUGGACGUGGACAUGAACGUGGACAUGGACGUGGACGUGGACGUGGACGUGGACGUGGACGUGGACGUAGACGUGGACGUGGACAUGGACGUAGACGUGGACCUGGACAUGGACGUAGACAUGAACGUGGACGUGGACGUGGACAGGGACGUGGACAUGGACGUGGACGUGGACGUGGACGUAGACGUGGACGUAGAAAUGGACGUGGACGUAGACGUGGACAUGGACAUGGACGUGGACGUAGACGUGGACAUGGACAUGGACGUAGACGUGGACGUGGACGUGGACGUGGACAUGGACGUGGACAUGGACGUGGACAUGGACGUGGACGUGGACGUGGACGUGGACGUGGACGUGGACGUAGACGUGGACGUGGACGUGGACGUGGACGUGGACGUGGACAUGGACGUGGACUUGGACGUGGACUUGGACGUGGACGUGGACGUGGACGUGGACGUGGACAUGAACGUGGACAUGGACGUGGACGUGGACGUGGACGUGGACGUGGACGUGGACGUGGACGUGGACGUAGACGUGGACAUGGACGUGGACAUGGACGUGGACGUGGACGUGGACGUGGACAUGGACGUAGACGUGGACAUGGACGUGGACUUGGACGUGGACGUGGACGUGGACGUGGACGUGGACGUGGACAUGAACGUGGACAUGGACGUGGACGUGGACGUGGACGUGGACGUGGACGUAGACGUGGACGUGGACGUGGACAUGGACGUGGACGUAGACAUGGACGUGGACGUGGACGUGGACGUGGACGUAGACGUGGACGUGGACGUGGACGUAGACGUGGACAUGGACGUGGACGUGGACGUAGAAAUGGACGUGGACGUAGACGUGGACAUGGACAUGGACGUAGACGUGGACGUGGACAUGGACGUGGACGUGGACAUGGACGUGGACAUGGACGUGGACGUGGACGUGGACGUGGACGUGGACAUGGACGUGGACGUGGACAUGGACAUGGACGUGGACGUGGACGUGGACAUGGACGUGGACAUGGACGUGGACGUGGACGUGGACGUGGACGUAGACGUGGACGUAGAAAUGGACGUGGACGUGGACGUGGACCUGGACCUGGACGUGGACGUGGACAUGGACGUGGACGUGGCAUGGACACGUGGACGUGGACGUGGACGUGUGGACUUGGACGUGGACGUGGACGUGGACGUGGACGUGGACAUGGACGUGGACGUGGACGUGGACAUGGACGUGGACAUGGACAUGGACGUGGACAUGGACGUGGACGUGGACGUAGACGUGGACGUGGACGUGGACGUGGACGUGGACAUGGACGUGGACGUGGACAUGGACGUGGACGCAGACGUGGACGUGGACGUGGACGUAGACGUGGACGUGGACAUGGACGUGGACGUAGACGUGGACGUGGACGUGGACGUGGACGUGGACAUGGACGUGGACAUGGACGUGGACUUGGACGUGGACGUGGACGUGGACGUGGACAUGGACGUGGACGUGGACGUGGACGUGGACGUGGACGUGGACGUAGAAAUGGACGUGGACGUGGACGUGGACAUGGACGUGGACGUGGACGUGGACGUGGACAUGGACGUGGACGUGGACGAGGACGUGGACGUGGACGUGGACGUGGACAUGGACGUGGACGUGGACGUGGACGUGGACGUGGACAUGGACGUGGACGUGGACGUGGACAUGGACGUGGACGUGGACGUGGACGUGGACGUAGACAUGGACGUGGAGGAGGACGUGGACAUGGACGUGGACGUGGACGUGGACGUGGACGUGGACGUGGACGUGGACAUGGACGUGGAGGUGGACGUGGACGUGGACGUGGACGUGGACGAGGACAUGGACGUGAACGUGGACGUAGAAAUGGACGUGGACGUGGACGUGGACAUGGACAUGGACGUGGACGUGGACGUGGACGUGGACGUGGACAUGGACAUGGACGUGGACGUGGACGUGGACGUGGACGUGGACGUGGACGAGGACGUGGACGUGGACAUGGACGUAGACGUGGACCUGGACAUGGACGUAGACAUGAACGUGGACGUGGACGUGGACAGGGACGUGGACAUGGACGUGGACGUGGACGUGGACGUAGACGUGGACGUAGAAAUGGACGUGGACGUAGACGUGGACAUGGACAUGGACGUGGACGUAGACGUGGACAUGGACAUGGACGUAGACGUGGACGUGGACGUGGACGUGGACAUGGACGUGGACUUGGACGUGGACUUGGACGUGGACGUGGACGUGGACGUGGACAUGAACGUGGACAUGGACGUGGACGUGGACGUGGACGUGGACGUGGACGUGGACGUGGACGUGGACGUGGACGUAGACGUGGACAUGGACGUGGACAUGGACGUGGACGUGGACGUGGACGUGGACAUGGACGUAGACGUGGACAUGGACGUGGACUUGGACGUGGACGUGGACGUGGACGUGGACGUGGACGUGGACGUGGACAUGAACGUGGACAUGGACGUGGACGUGGACGUGGACGUGGACGUGGACGUGGACGUAGACGUGGACGUGGACGUGGACAUGGACGUGGACGUAGACAUGGACGUGGACGUGGACGUGGACGUGGACGUAGACGUGGACGUGGACGUGGACGUAGACGUGGACAUGGACGUGGACGUGGACGUAGAAAUGGACGUGGACGUAGACGUGGACAUGGACAUGGACGUAGACGUGGACGUGGACAUGGACGUGGACGUGGACAUGGACGUGGACAUGGACGUGGACGUGGACGUGGACGUGGACGUGGACGUGGACGUGGACAUGGACGUGGACGUGGACAUGGACAUGGACGUGGACGUGGACGUGGACGUGGACAUGGACGUGGACAUGGACGUGGACGUGGACGUGGACGUGGACGUAGACGUGGACGUAGAAAUGGACGUGGACGUGGACCUGGACCUGGACGUGGACGUGGACAUGGACGUGGACGUGGCAUGGACACGUGGACGUGGACGUGGACGUGUGGACUUGGACGUGGACGUGGACGUGGACGUGGACGUGGACGUGGACGUGGACAUGGACGUGGACGUGGACGUGGACGUACAAAUGGACGUGGACGUGGACGUGGACGUGGACGUGGACAUGGACGUAGACGUGGACGUGGACGUGGACGUGGACGUGGACGUGGACGUGGACCUGGACGUGGACGUGGACGUGGACUUGGACGUGGACGUGGACGUGGACAUGGACGACGUGGACGUGGACGUGGACGUGGACAUGGACGUGGACAUGGACGUGGACAUGGACGUGGACGUGGACGUGGACGUGGACGUGGACAUGGACGUGGACGUGGACGUGGACGUGGACGUGGACGUAGACGUGGACAUGAACGUGGACAUGGACGUGGACGUGGACGUGGACGUGGACGUGGACAUGGACGUGGACGUGGACGUGGACGUGGACGUGGACGUGGACGUAGACGUGGACGUGGACGUGGACAUGGACGUGGACGUGGACAUGGACGUGGACGUGGAUCUGGACGUGGACGUAGACGUGGACGUGGACGUGGACGUAGACGUGGACAUGGACGUGGACGUGGACGUAGAAAUGGACGUGGACGUAGACGUGGACAUGGACAUGGACGUAGACGUGGACGUGGACAUGGACGUGGACGUGGACAUGGACGUGGACAUGGACGUGGACGUGGACGUGGACGUGGACGUGGACGUGGACAUGGACGUGGACGUGGACAUGGACAUGGACGUGGACGUGGACGUGGACGUGGACGUGGACGUGGACGUGGACAUGGACGUGGACAUGGACGUGGACGUGGACGUGGACGUAGACGUGGAUGUAGAAAUGGACGUGGACGUGGACGUGGACCUGGACCUGGACGUGGACGUGGACAUGGACGUGGACGUGGACGUGGACGUGGACGUGGACGUGGACAUGGACGUGGACGUGGACGUGGACGUGGACGUGGACGUGGACGUGGACAUAGACGUGGACGUGGACGUGGACGUGGACGUGGACGUGGACGUGGACGUGGACGUAGACGUGGACGUGGACGUGGACGUGUGGACUUGGACGUGGACGUGGACGUGGACGUGGACAUGGACGUGGACGUGGACGUGGACGUGGACGUAG